UUCUCGAAUAUCGGAUAUUAUCCAAUCUACAAUUUAUCCUACCUCUACAUUAUCAAAUCCGAACCAACCUCCAAUCGGGGAACAUCAACCUUCUCAAGAACUUGAUGCUUAUAAAACUUUUGGAAAGCAGUUGCAGACAAUUCCUCCUUCCAAUGAAAUUAUUUCACUAGCUGAUUUGGAAGAUGAUCCCUGCGCUAGUUGUGCAGAUCCAUGCUUUGAUCAUAAAAGCUACCCUCCGUACUUAAAGAUAGAUUAUAAAUCUACUCUGGAAGGAACUGUAAAACCAUAUAUAAAACAUGUUUUAAUAUCAACUGGAAAAUCUGAUUGGAAUUCUCAUAUUGAGGAUGAGUGUGGAAGUUUGGCUGCUAAUUUAAAUAAAGUCAUCAAAUGUGAUUCUGAAAAAAAAAAUUCUCAAAAAGAAAAAAAGAAAGAUUCUCCAAGGAAAGAAAAGAGAAAUAAAGUUGAAGCUGGUUAUGUUAACGCAAAUGGUGAAAUAGAAAAACCAAGAAUAGUCAUUACUAAUAGUGAUCGACUAAAUUCUGAUAAUGAUCCUUCGUUUACUAAAGGAAAUGACAUUCUUUUAUUUCCUGAUAAUAUCCUUAUUCGAAAUGUGCCUCCGAAAUAUGCUUCAGAUUUUUAUAAAAAGUUUUUAUUGUCAACCCUGGAUGAAAAAGAUCUAUACACUUCUUUCAAUUUUACGGUCGAACCAAUGCCAUACAAAGCUGUUAUUGUUAUAUGUUCUCAUAAACGUCGUGAUAAAAGGUGUGGAAUCACUGGUCCAAUACUAAAAGAUGAAUUUAACAAAGUAUUAAAGGAAAAAGGAUUAGAUUUGGAAAAUAAUAAUAACGGUGUCGCUGUACUUCUUAGCAGUCAUACUGGAGGUGGAAGAUUGGAUUGGUAA